UUGGUUGUCCCGUAUGCGUAGUGCAGUAUGGCUACCAACGAAAUUGAGAACUGUGAUAACCCAGAGCAAGAUGGAGAAGAGUGGUACGAUAAAGCUGAGAAAUACUGGAAGGAUCUACCCCCUACUAUUAGCAGCAUGCUUGGAGGACAUACUCGGCUGCUGUCUAUUGAUGUGACUAGUUCUCGUCGUUUUCUUCAGCAGUUUAUCAAAGGAAAGAGUGAUUCCAUAUGUACAAGAGUUGCUUUAGGUAAGAUGGCUGCAUGUGUUAUGUUGGAGGCAGGUCACUUGCAAUUAUACGUACACUGAACCAUCAGAUAUAAGUACAGUGAGGCUAAUGUCUUAUUUGAGUUCAAUACUUUUGCUACACUAAGUGCUGAAGAGCUCAGUGUUUGCAUCAUAUAUCUCCUGUGUUACAUUACCAGCUGUUUGCAGUGAUGAACAGUGUGACAAUUGAGAAAGUAGAAAUGAACAGUGUGA